UGGCUUUGUGGAUUCGUUUCGGGCUAUUCAGUAGCUGAUCCAAGUGAAUCCUUUUCUUCUCUGGUCUUCGACGGACCUGCUAGGCACCAUGGCCGAGCAAGUAGAGCGUUCCUUCCAGAAGCAGCCGACGGUGUUCCUCAACCGCAAGGCGGGCCUGCCCAAGGGGAACCCUAAGCGCGUGCAGCGAUACUACAAGAGCGUCGGCCUGGGCUUCAAGACGCCGCGCGAGGCCAUUCACGGCACAUACAUCGACAAGAAGUGCCCCUUCACAGGCAAUGUGAGCAUCCGGGGUCGCAUCCUUCGCGGCGUGGUGGUCAAGAUGAAGAUGCAGCGCACCAUUGUCAUCCGGCGGGACUACCUGCACUAUGUGCGCAAGUACAACCGUUUCGAAAAGCGGCAUCGCAACAUGUCUGUGCACCUGUCACCGGCCUUCCGGGACGUGGCCGUAGGCGACGUGGUCACGGUGGGCGAGUGCCGGCCCCUCUCCAAGACGGUGCGCUUCAACGUGCUCAAGGUCACGAAGGCGGCUGGCUCCAAGAAGCAGUUCCUGAAGGCCUAAACAUUAUUAAAACUUGUCAAUCUUUGACAAA